AUGAAGAUUGCUGAGCUUGCCGCCAUUCCGGUCAAUUUGACCGGUGAUUUCCGUGCCGCGGAAUCACAUCUCCUGGAUCUUGACAAGCACCUGACUCGUCGAACGUACUUCGACGGCUACAGGCUCAGCGAGAUUGACGAGAAGAUAUGGGUUGUCCUUGCUAGCAACCGAGCCACUGUGCCCUUUAUCCACAAGGAGAAGUUGGCAAACCUCACGCGGUGGUUUCUCUAUGUCGAGCAACCUCAUCCCGAGAUCCAUCAGGAUGUCAAAGAGGCUCAGGCUGCUGUAGCCGUAAAGCUCGUGGCCGCAAGUAAAGCGGGUGGCAGCUACAGCCUCCAACUCCAAAAUGUCGACCAGGGAGUGGUCACCAGAUUCCUGCCCAAACCGUCAGGAUAUCUUCAAAUCAGACACGCGAAGGCAGCUUUACUAAGUUAUUACUUUGCUCAUCAAGCAUAUUCUUGCAGCUUCAGAUUGCGACAGGAUGAUACCAAUCCGACGAAGGAGAAAGAGGAGUAUCAGGAUGCUAUCAUUGAAGAUCUAGCCUGGAUGGGCAUUCACGCUGAUAAGCUGACCUAUACAUCCGACUACUUCCAGUAUUUGUUUGAUAAAUGCGUUCAACUGAUCGAGGAUGGAAAUGCAUAUGCAGACGACACGGAUCAGGAGACCAUGAGAGCGGAGUGUAUGGAUGGCAUAGCUUCUAAGCGAAGAGACAGGUCAGUCGAAGAGAAUCUUCGCAUUCUAGAGGAGAUGGAGGUCGCCUCGCCCGAGGGUCGGCAGAAUUGCAUCAGGGCCAAAGUAUCUGUGGAUAACCCCACCAAGGCCAUCAGAGAUCCUGUCAUCUACCGAGUUAACACCGCAAAAAAACAUCAUCGAACCGGCACAGAUUGGAAAAUAUAUCCAAUGUAUGACCUUGCAUGCCCUAUAAUCGACAACCUAGAGGGCAUAACUCACGCGUUGAGAUCCACCGAGUACACAGAUCGCAAUGUUCUUUACCAGUGGUUCCUGGAGAAACUCAAUCUUCGCAUAGUGUAUAUGCAUGAUUUCUCCAGGCUUUCGUUUGUCAGGACCUCCUUGUCCAAGAGAAAACUCGCGAAGCUGGUAGAUACCGGAACAGUGACUGGGUGGAACGAUCCUCGUAUGCCCACCGUGCGUGGUAUUCGAAGACGCGGUAUGACUGUCUCUGCCCUCAAUGACUUCAUCAUCAAGCAAGGGCCCAGCCAAAACAUCACAGCUAUGGAGUGGUGCGCAAUCUUGGCGGCGAAUAAAGCGGUCAUCGACCCUAUCGCGCCCCGCUAUACAGCAGUCUCCAGAAAAGACUUGGUUAAGGUUUCCGCAAUCGAGACAGAAGGUCCCAUGGAGCCCUUCAUAGCCGAUCGACUCCUACACCCCAAGAACAAGGAUGUUGGAACCAGGAAGGUUGUGUUUGAUUCAGAAAUCCUUAUGGAUCAGGUAGAUAUGAAACUUAUGCGAACCGGAGAGGAGAUUACUCUAAUUGUGAAUAUGACUCUCGAACUCAAUCUAAGCGGCGAUUCCAAGAAGACGGACAAGAAAGUCACUUGGCUGGCAAGCAAAGGGCAGAAAUUCAUUCCAGCUGAGGCCUGGCAGUUCUACGACAUAAUCAUCAAGGACAAGCUUGAGAAGGAAGAUAAUUUCGAAGAUUUCCUUGCCCCAGUCAUGGCAACGAAGGAAGACCUGUGGUGCGCCGAAAAUAUCAGUAACGUAAAGAAGGAUGCCAUUAUCCAGCUUGAAAGGGGGACAUUCUAUCGUGUUGAUAAAGGCCUUGCUGACUGGGUAGAU